GCCUGACUCGGUGACUGAGUUCUGCUGCUCUUAAACAGGGCACGACAGCGUUUUGAGGAAAUUUUCCGAAUUCCUAAAACCUCCGAACUCAGUUAUAAUCGAGUUCUGACUCAAACGGGAAUCGGCGAAACGCGGAAGGGUGUCGCUCAAAAUAUUCCCGUGGCCGGAACGCCGCCUCUCUCCCUCCUGUUGGAUUUGUGUCAACGUGAACCCGAGUCACUAUAUUCAAUUGAUUGCCCUUGGACGCGGUAUCGUGUGUGCACUGUUGGUGUUGCUUAGAUCUUAAUUGAUAUGGCUAGAAAGUACAGUAGUGAGUCCUCGGAUUCUGAGAAAAGAAAUAGACGCAAACGUGAUGAGAGGCGAGGUGAGCGCCCACACGAUGAUAAACAUAGGGAAAGAGGCAGUGGGAAGGAUUUGUUGGAUUCUGAUAAAAGAAGUAGAAAACGGCAUGGGGGGCUAGAUGAGCGUAGUGGUGAUGAUAAGGAUAGGGAAAGAGUGGAUGAGAAGGAUAUUAGGGAUAAAGAUGGAAGGUGGCAAAGCAAACAUGUAGAUAAACAUAGGGAAAGAGGCAGUGGCAAGGAUUUGUUGGAUUCUGAUAAAAGAGGUAGAAAAUGGCACGGGAGACUAGAUGAGCGUAGUGAUGAUGGUAAGGAUAAGGAAAGAGUGGAUGAGAAGGAUAUUAGGGAUAAAGAUGGAAUGUGGCAAAGCAAACAUGUAGAGCAAAAGCAAUCUCGACAAAGUUCUGAUGAAGAGGGUGAGUGGGUAGAUAGAGAAAGGGGCAGGCAUGAAAGAGAGAGAAACCAUCCACAUGAGGAAGGGCAUAGACAUCGAGAAACUGGGGAGCUUGAUAAGGUGAAAGAAUCUUAUCAAAGUUCUGAUGAAUAUGACAAUCGAGUUGAGAGAGAGAAGCGGGAAAGAGAGAGAUCUCGCUGGCAUGGGGAUGCUCAUAAACAGCGGGAAACUGAUGAUAGUGGUAGAAAAAAGGACUGGUAUGCACGUCAAAAUUCAGGAGACGAUGAUGACAGGAAAAUGCACAGAAAAUCAGAGCGACGAAAACAUAGUACUGAACAUCAAAAGCAGGGUUUGAGUUCCAGGGGGGAAGAUGAUAGAGACAGUAAGGCCCUGGAAGAUGCAAAACCUCAUAGACAGCCAAGAUUACAAGAAGGAAAUUUAAAUGGGGAUGCAUCAAAUUUGGGUAAGAGUGGUGGAGUUUAUAUUCCACCAUUUAAGUUGGCUAGAAUGAUGAAAGAGGUCGAGGAUAAAAGCAGUGUUGAGUAUCAGCGGUUGACAUGGGAUGCCCUUCGGAAGAGUAUAAACGGGCUUGUGAACAAGGUUAAUGCCACUAAUAUAAAGAAUAUUAUUCCUGAGCUCUUCUCUGAGAAUCUGAUCCGGGGUAGGGGUCUAUUCUGCCGGUCGUGUAUGAAGUCACAGAUGUCAUCUCCAGGUUUCACAGAUGUGUUUGCUGCACUGGUUGCUGUUGUCAACACCAAGUUUCCUGAGGUGGGAGAUCUUCUAUUGAGAAGGAUUAUUUUGCAGCUCAAGAGAGCAUAUAAGCGCAAUGACAAGCCGCAAUUACUAGCUGCUGUUAAAUUUAUUGCACAUCUAGUGAAUCAGCAAGUGGCUCAUGAGAUCAUUGCAUUAGAGUUGCUCACAGUGCUGCUUGAGAAUCCAACCGAUGACAGCGUUGAGGUAGCUGUUGGCUUUGUCACAGAGUGUGGAUCAAUUUUGCAAGAUCUCUCUCCCAAAGGCCUGCACGGAAUAUUUGAGAGGUUUCGUGGAAUUCUUCAUGAAGGGGAAAUAGAUAAACGGGUACAAUUUCUUAUUGAAGGGCUAUUUGCAAUAAGAAAAGCAAAGUUUCAGGGGUACCCCGCUGUUCGUCCAGAACUGGACCUUGUAGAGCAGGAAGAUCAGUUAACCCAUGAGGCAUCUCUCCAAGAUGAAAUAGAUCCAGAGAUUACGCUUGAUAUAUUCAAGGCGGAUCCUAAUUUUAUUGAGAAUGAGAGACGCUAUGAAGAGGUUAGGAAAACUAUUUUGGGUGAAGAGUCUGAAGAUGAAGAUGGUUCAGAUGCUGGUUCAGAUGAUGAUGAGGAUGAUGAAGAUGACUCUGAGGAAGAGGACGAGGAGCAGAUGAAAAUAAAGGAUGAAACAGAGACAAACCUUGUAAAUCUUCGGAGGACAAUCUACUUAACCAUCAUGUCUAGUGUAGAUUUUGAGGAGGCUGGUCAUAAACUCCUGAAAAUCAAACUAGAGCCAGGUCAAGAGAUGGAGUUGUGCAUUAUGCUCUUGGAAUGCUGCAGUCAGGAGAGAACUUACCUCCGGUAUUAUGGUCUUUUGGGUCAGCGAUUCUGUAUGAUCAAUAAAGUGCACCAGGAAAACUUUGAGAAGUGCUUUGUCCAGCAAUAUUCCAUGAUUCAUCGGCUUGAAACAAAUAAGCUGCGUAAUGUGGGGAAGUUUUUUGCACAUCUACUCGGCACAGAUGCUCUGCCCUGGCAUGUUUUAGCAUAUAUACGCUUAACAGAGGAGGAUACUACUUCUUCUUCUCGAAUAUUUAUUAAGAUUCUAUUCCAGGAAUUGUCAGAGCAUUUGGGCAUCCGGUUACUGAAUGAACGGCUUACGGAUCCUACGAUGCUGGACUCCUUUGAAUCUAUAUUCCCAAGGGAUAAUCCCAAGAACACGCGUUUUUCUAUUAACUUCUUCACAUCCAUUGGGCUUGGUGGCAUCACUGAGAAUUUACGCGAGUACUUGAAGAAUAUGCCACGCCUAAUCAUGCAACAAGAGCAAGCAGUGUCAGAAUCUGAAUCAGAUGACGAAUCUGGUAGUUCUGACACAGAGACGGCUAGUUCUGAGAGACAGUCUGAUUCAUCAGGCUCAGAUGAGAGUGAAAGGGAUGAUAGACGGAGGAAGAGGAGGAGGAGAGAAUAAGGGAAUGUCAACAAAGACAACACCACAGGAAACAUUUGAUUACGAUGUAUUUUUAUUGUCAUGUGAUUCAAGUGCUGCCAAUUUUUGUUCAUCAUGUAUUUUUAUUCUCUUUUUCUGUUACUUUUUAGUUAAGCUGAAACGCCAAACUAGAGGUAGAAUGUUUUUAAUGUUUUUUCAAGGCUUCA